AUGCAUCUCGCUCCUCUGUUGGUCAUCCAACUCCUGACUUCCUUUGGAGGAUGUAGCGGCAGCAGCAGUUUCCUCGACCAAGCCAUCGAGCUGAUGGAAGAAAGUCCUCUUCUAGACACGCACAUUGAUCUGCCACAGAUCAUCAGAAGCUUGAACCGACGGCCACUAGACGCCAUCCCGCAGCUGAACAGCUCGUUUCCUGGCCAUGUCGAUAUUCCGAGAAUGAGACAGGGCCGUUUGGGAGGAGCUUUCUGGACCGUUUGGGCACCCUGUUACGACGUGACUGGGGAAGAUCCUGGAUCCGACUUCAACACGCCGACGAACCACCUACGAGACUCGAUGGAGAUGCUCGAUAUCAUACAGAACAUGAUUGCGCGGCACCCCGAGCACCUCCAGUAUGCCAGAUCGUCCACCGAAGUCUGGAGCGCGUUCAAAGCCGGCAAGAUCGCGUCGCUCAUUGGCAUGGAAGGCACACAUUUGCUGGGCAACUCACUGGGCGCUCUUCGUCUGUUCGCACAACUUGGAGUCCGCUAUCUGACACUGACGCACACCUGCCACAGCGCGUUCGCUUCGUCCGCCGGCCCUGGAGGCCCCAUAGACCCGGUCCACGAGGGCAACGCUUUAACACAGCUUGGAAAGGAGCUCGUUAGAGAACUGAACCGUGUUGGCAUUUUGGUGGACCUUUCGCACACAUCGGAUGCGACCAUGAGACAGGCUAUUGCGCUUUCCGAGGCACCGGUAGUCUGGACUCACGCAGGCGCUCGUGCCCUAUGGGAUCAUCCACGAAAUGUCCCCGAUGACAUACUCCGACUCAUUGGCGACGGUCCGGGAAAGAAAGACGGCGUGAUCCAAUCGAUAUUCUUCCCACCCUUUAUCGGCCCGAAUCCUGGCGCCAACGUCUCCCGCGUCGCCGACCACAUCGAGCAUAUUGCAGGCAUUGUAGGUAAGAAUCGUGUUGGCAUAGCCUCCGACUUUGACGGGAUGUACAUCUCGGUAGACGGUCUGGAAGACGCCAGCAAAUACCCAAAUAUAGUCGCAGAGCUUCUCUCUAGGGGCUGGACGUCAGAAGAGAUGCGCGGCGUCAUGGGAGGCAACCUGAUGAGAAUCAUGGACGAGGUGGAUGCAGUUAGUGAGCGAUUGAGAGACCAACUUCCGUCCUCUGCGAUCUGGGAGAAAAGAAAAGACCUUCCCUCGAUAAAGUGGGGUGGUGGAGGCAUACAAACGUACUGGCCCAGGGACGUGAAAGACGCCGUGGAAAAGAUGACUGUGCGCCACGACGAGCUGUGA